UGGUGAUGAACAACCUUGCUUACUGGGCGUUGUCUCACGAGCUUUGUUUCGGUUUUCCAUCCACAGAAAUUGUCGUGAACACCUGCCUUCGGAGAAUCACUGUCCCCUGUUGUUUCCACAUUGUGCAUAUUACAUGCCUGCUGGUUUGAUUGAUUUAUAUCGAACACAGCCCUCCAUUUAGCCGUUCACGCGAAAGCUACUAAGCACCCAUGACUUCAAAUAUCAGCCAAAGCGCAUUGGAUGACUAUAAUCCGUUUGCAGAAUCAGCCUCUGAUCCAUUGCUUCUGGGGCUUUCUGACAAACGUCUUACCUGCUCGUGUUUUCUGCCCUUCAGCCAAUCGGUAUGACGUCACGAACACCGCGGUGUUACCGGAUAAUACGGUAGAUGAGAAAAGACCUUUCGACACUGAUGAUAUUCAUUCUACCAAUGUUCCUCCAUAUCCGGGCGUGGUGCCCACCCAACGCACCAUGAUGAGCACAGAUGCCAUCCUUGCUCUGGAACGACGUCAAGCCGAAUUAGAGGCACGGGCUGCUGAACUGGACCGUAGGGAAAAGGAACAACAAUCACGUAUGAGUGCCUAUCAGGCUGGUACACCCCCCCACAACUGGCCUCCAUUGCCCUCAUGGUGUCCCUGCAAACCUUGCGUCCGACAAGACUUCGAGACCGACAUUCCCCUGGAUUGUCGCUGGCUCGCGAAAAUGGGGUAUGCUGUCUGGUUGACUUAUGCUGUCGUGCUGUUGUUGAACAUGGGUGGCACUCUCGGAUAUUUUAUUGUGGGAAAGUCGUCGGUGGAAGGCCCUCUUUUUGGAGCUUCUAUUCUACUCCUGCUUGUGAUGCCACCGUUGGGAUUCUUCGGGUGGCACCGACCGCUCUAUAAAGCCUUGAGAUCGGACAGUUCAAUGAACUACGUGUUGUUCUUCAUCAUGUUCGCCGCACAGACCAUUAUCAUCCUUAUUCAAUGCCUCGGUAUUGAUUAUCUGGGUUCCUGGAUUAUAUGCCAGCUACUCUGUUCUCGUCCGUAUACUCGUUAG